CAGAAGAGAAGCCAGGGCUAUCUGUAUAUACUUGGACUUCAAAGGACAAAAGAGGCUUUGUAACCAGCUCCCACUAUGGGUGACAGAGUUUGGGUGGGAACCUGGAGACCACAUCGGCCAAGGAUACCAAUAGCAGCCCGGUAUACUGGUCCAGGACCCAAGUACUCAAUACAGGGAACAACAGGUUACAUGAAGCACAAUCCAACCAAAAAGAAAGCCCCUGCUUAUAGUAUUAGUGGGACAAGGCCACAUUGCAAAGAAAGCUGCUCUCCAGGUCCUCGCUACUAUGUGGCCUCAAUGACCAGAAGGGGGAAGGAAGUUGCCCCAGCUUAUACCAUAUCUGGACGUCCCAUAGUGAAAACAGAGAUCACCCCUGGACCAAGUGAUUACUCACCAGAGAAGUCAAGAAAACAUGUCUAUCAAUGUGCUCCUAUUCACUCCAUUUCCUUUAGAUCUAAAAGCUUCAGAGUAGACAGCACUCCAGGUCCUGCCAGAUAUACAAUCCCUAAGAUGUUGGGCCCCAACACAGUGGACAAAACAGCUAGUCCUUGCUAUUCCAUGAAAUGGAAAAGUAACAUAGGUUAUUUUUAUGAGGAUCGCCAUAAGACACCAGGUCCUGCUGCAUAUAACAGGCCAAAGCUUGAUGCAUACAAACACAGAGCACCUGAGUACAGUAUGAGCUCACCAAGUAGGCCUCCAGGAGACAGAACUUUGCAUCCUGGACCUGCAGCCUACAAUAUAGGAAAGGUGACACUAAAGAAAUCCAUGUCUUCUGGGAUCACCUUUGGAAUCCGGCAUUCUGAGUACACAGUGCCUUUAAUUAUGGAAAUCUAUUGACCUUCCUGCAAAGCUGUCUUACAAGAACUAAAUUUAUUUUCCCAUAUCGUGUUGCUUUAUGUUUGAAAGCUGCCAGAUUUUACAUAGCUCCUCUUAAAUUUAGAAGCAGUCAUAUCUCCAACUUGUAACAAAAGAUGUGCAUCCAUAUUCAGAAAAUUAUCAUGUGUAGUAGUAUAAUUUGCCCCCUGCUAUAAAAGAAUCUUCCAUGUCCCCACUCUCCGCAAGGAAGAGAGCGUAUUGAAGCUAAGAUCAUUGUCAUCUGUGUGGAUCAUGCUGCCUUCAUCAGUACAGUACUACCACUUCACAGCACCUGGCUCCAGCUAUUCUUCAGACUAUGGACUUUCACAAAAUUGCCUGUGUAAAAAUCUCAUUCCAUUUCCUACUAAUAAGGCAGUCAGUUGAGUUUAGUCCUGUGAUGGCCCUAGCUGCAUGCCAUUGAUGUGUGUGUGUGUGUGUGUGUGUGUGUGU